ACAGACCUAUCUGGGCUGAUAAGUGACAAGACCUUCACUUGGUAAACCCUCAGAGUUCCUAAUAAAGUAAUAAUAUGCCGCGAAAUUUAUCUGCCAACUGUCGGCGAAUAAUCAUCGCCGUUUCCACCAUAGCGACUUUCCUCGUCUUCGUGCCCAUCCCCGAGUUCAACUCCAACUCCAAACUAGAGGCCACUCCAGAGAUCAUCCCCGAGUUUAACUCAAACUCUAAACUAGAGGUGACUCCAGAGAUCAGUUACUCCCGGAACUCUGCUAACUACACCAAGUAUGUAGACCGGUCUAAUUACAUCAAGAACCUCUGCUCCACCAACCACCCCGUCAAUCACGUGACAAGCCCACAAGAUAUCAUCAACAUGAGUCCCGAACUAGAUGUGUUCUGGUGUCCGCUCUUCAAAGUGGGCAGCAGUCAGUGGGUCAAACUAUUCUGUGGAGUUGCAGACUUGUCACAACCAGAACAUAUCAACCCCGGAGUGCAUGAGCCGUUGUUACACGAACAGCUACCUUGUAACAUACAUGUUCUGAGGGCCCACAACGGGCACUGCAAGGAGCAGGCUUGUGUGGGCUCACAAACUUCCUUCAUGGUGGUCAGGGACCCAGUGGCUAGGUUCCUCAGCGCUUUCCGUAGCAAGUGGGAACUGGCAAAUGAGAACACUGGGUUUUAUUGGAAUGAGAGGGGUGGUCGUCAAGCAGUCUCCGCAUUCCGACACGUUAAUACCUUACUUUAUAACAAGAACCCUCACGAACUGAUGCAGGAAGCUAAUACUGUUAUCAAGAAUAACCGACAUAACCUUCAUAUGAUAGUGGAGAACACGCGCCGUAACAAGAGUUACAUCCUCACCCCAGAGGAACACUACCUGAUCCACAACCAGAGUAACCCUUAUCUUAACCCACCGGGACCUACCCUGCGGGAGCUGGUUAAAUGGGUGCUAUCAGGAGGGAGAGAUAACCACAUCACACCCUUCUAUAAAUACUGUGCACCUUGUACUCUCGACUACGUUAUACUUAAACUGGACAAGUUUCCCGAUGAAGCGUUUGAUUUGUUGGAUAUGAUCGGGCAUCCAGCCCUGAAGCCGGAGAUGAUGGUUCAGUCUGAGACACGGCAGGUGCCUUGGAAGACUGAGGAAUGUAUGAUAAGAUACUACAGAACACUUCCUGUUGAGGAUUUUAAGAAGAUGUAUGAGACUAUGUGGAGAGUUGACUGUGAGUUGUAUCAGUAUCCUUGUCAGGAGUUCUAUGAUAAAGUUAUUGAGAUGGGACCAAGUGAUGAAGAUUUUGUGCUUUGUUGAGACUAUGGUAACUAUGGUAACUAUGGUAACUAUGGUAACUAUGGUAACUAUGGUAACUAUGGUAACUAUGGUAACUAUGGUAACUAUGGUAUCCUUGUCAGGAGUUCUAUGAUAAAGUUAUUGAGAUGGGACCAAGUGAUGAAGAUUUUGUGCUUUGUUGAGACUUUGCUAUACAUUAU